UGAAGUUAGCAAGCACUGUAAUCUGUUGAAAUGGAGAGGACAGGAGAGCAUACUGUCACUUUGAGAAUCACAUGCUAAAAAUCAGUGGAAAAAUUCAGCUGUCAAUAGGCAGUCUAACAGAGCUAUCUAUAUACUCUUUGAGGGCUACAGAAAUCCUGUAUUUAAAGCUGAGAUAAAGCCAGUAUAUGGUUCAAGAAGAACAUACACUUGCAUUUUGACUAACAAUGUCUGUGCAAUCACACAUGCACAGGUACUACAACUGGCCCUGCCAGUCUGGUGUUUGUGCAGUGACAUCUUGUUAGCUAUAUAUUCAGUUUAACUGCUGAACCAAAUUUUUUAUUUAGUCAGAAUCUAAGACUUAAUGUAGUUUGCAAAAGCUGCUUUAAGAGUUGAAAUCAGGAGAAUACUAAACACAAAGGUUAGACAGGUAUAUAUAUAUAUAUUUAGCUAUGCAGACGUCAGAAAGAGUUGAUGGUCUCUUUCUGCUCUGAAACCCAAAAAUGAAAAGAUUUCUUGAUAGGAGGGGUGUGGGUGUACUCAUACAUCACUUGUUUUAAGCAAGAAGACUUCUCAGUGAGAGAAUGUUAGUUUUGUAUAACAUUCAAGCCAAACUUGUUAGGCUUUUCUGUGAACUUUACUGAACUGCACUGCAGCUGCCUCUUCUUCUGGCUCCCUCAGUACAAAAGAAAAUUUGCAAUUUAUCUAGACAGAAUUUUAACCUUUUUAAUGAUACCCUAGCAGAAGGUAAAACAGCAACUUGGACUGCUGAGGGAAACAAACAAACAAGACCAGUAAACAGCUGAUGAACUUGAACCCGUGAGUUUAGAAAGACCAGUGACACAUAGCAGCUUGUUUACAAACUACCUCACCAUUUCCAUUCAUCACCUAGACACAAGUGCAGCUGUCUCUCUCUUGUGCUGUUACUGAUGCAAGCCAUAAUCCCUGGAUUGGAUGCUGCUGAUACAUUGCUCACAACUAACCUCAACUGCUUGCUGUCCCAGCAGGUCCUCUUGAGGUUGGGCAAGGAGGAUGUCGAAUACUAGAAACACAUGUGAUACUACAUGUAUGUGUGUGAAAGAGGCUGCACCAUUGCAGUGGAAUCUGAUCUUGGAGUAGGAUUGUUUUAUACCAGUUACUUUCCUUUAACGUGAUGAGAAAUCAACACUUGUUUGACUGAUCACUGGAUCCAUAUGUAGAUGUUUCAGGAACUCAGAAGAACCCUGUUGCCCUUCCCCUUUUCUCUCCCAGACUUCUCUCCCAGACAUUUAGGAGGUCAUCCUGUGAGAUGGGAAGAGAAGGGGAGCAGCUGUUUGCCUUGCCAGGGCCAUGUCUUGGCAGCAGCUGUGGUGGAGUCCUCCUUGUGCCACCAGUAGGGUCAGGAGCAGGCUGACCUCGGCAGCGGGAGAAUGUGAGUCAGGUUCACCUUGCCCUUAAUCCAUGUGAAGACCUGUUGGAAACACCUUCUAGAAACAUAGUCAUUUUCAGUCUCCUAAUAAUUCUGUUGUGUCCAAGAAGAGCCUGUCCAAAUGAGCAAGACAUCCCAACAGAACACCACUACAGAUGCGAAUGGAGUAAGUGUGAUUCACACCCAAGCACACACCAGUGGUUUGCAGCAGGUUCCCCAGCUGGUGCCUGUUAGUCCUGGUGGUGGAGGCAAAGCUGUGCCUCCGAGCAAACAGGGAAAGAAAAAUUCCUUUGUGGAUAGAAACAGUGAUGAGUAUCGUCAGCGCAGAGAGCGAAACAACAUGGCAGUGAAAAAGAGCCGGUUAAAAAGCAAGCAGAAAGCACAAGACACGCUGCAAAGGGUCAACCAGCUCAAAGAAGAAAAUGAACGUUUAGAGGCAAAAAUUAAGCUCCUGACCAAGGAGCUGAGCGUACUGAAAGACUUGUUCCUUGAGCACGCACACAACCUUGCAGACAACGUGCAACCUGUUGGCACUGAAAGCACCACAACAAAUCCAGAAAACAAUGGACAGUAGACAUUGUUGCAACGUUACGAAAUGAACUCUCGAGGUGCAGCUUGUCUGCAACGUCCAUGCAGUAACCGAGCAAAAACUCCGUUCUUUUAACCAUCAGGAGAUUUUCUUCUUUUUAGGUUUAACACUGAAGAUUUGAUACAAUUAAACCAGAAACUGCUUAGGGUAUUCAUUUGAAGUAUUUUUCUCCUCUAAAAGAUGUAUCUGAUAAAUGCAGAUCUAAAUUCAGUCAACAAGGAGCUUAUUAUUAGGGAAAUAGCAUUUUCACAGAAAUAUUCACUUACCUUCUUAUAGUUUGCAUAAUGGGAGGAAUCCAGCAGGGUGGUUCAUUGUAGUAUCAGGAACUCAUAAUUGGACAAAAUGUCUUUUAAAUACCCUUAACUGUAUUUAGGACCUUUGUUUUCCCCAUAACAUAUUACUGAACUGCAAAGGCCGUGGAGAGUGUUUGGUUUCCUAUGUAUGUGGUGGAGAACUUUAAAUCUGUAAAGCAAGUCCUAUAAAGCACCACUUGGGUCUUUCCUGUCCUCUUAUAGUUAAUGGAAAGGGUGUGUAGUAAUAGUGAGCUGGGACGCUGAUGUUUUCUAGAAAAAUAGCAAUAUAUUAUGAUGAUAUAUACAGGCAGUUGGCUUCCAGAUGGCAAGUGGGUCUGAAGCAUCAUGUAUAAGAGAUAAAGCAGCAGAGUAACAAAGCCUAAUUCUAAGCCUGCGUUCACAUUGCUCACACACUGACUGGGGCCUUAUGAGAACAACAUUUUGGUUUUCAGAAGAUGUCAAAAUGCUACCAGAAGACUGUGCUCUGCAAAAUUGCAUUCUUGCUGGGGUGCAGGUAUGGGAAGAACAAAAUGUGUGGCUUAGCUAAGCAAUGAAAGGGGUAAGACAGCAUCUGUUCAGCCAGAAUGUGUGGAUCACUGCUUAUUGACAUUCAUCUCCACUUUCAUAGCUGCUCAGAUUUAAAACCAAGAUCUUACAUUUGCAGUGGUUUUAAAAAUAAACGGCCCUAGUUUGAAGAACUGAUUCAGUGGCAUUCCUAUAGCCAUCAUACAGUUGUGUGAAGGAGUAUCUUCGGUCUUGUUUUAUUUUCAUAAAAGUUUUUCUAUAGCAACUUUUUUAAUGCUAGUGCUGAGUCUUUGCCAUGAUCCAUAAUGCAGUGGUAUGGUCUAUAUUGAGGAUUUAAAGAAUACAAGUAAAGCAGGAACUUUGAUGUUACGUUAAUUUAUUUUCAUUUUAAAGUAUUUCAUUGAUGGUAUGGUUGUGUUACAUUUAACCUGUGUGUCUGGCUAGUGGAUUAUUACCCUGUCUUAGUUUCCCUCCUGCACUACCUUUUUCUAGAGAUUAUUUUGCAGGAUGCUUGUUUCCCUUGUAUCUGUACUUAGGAAGAUAACUUGGAUAUUAUCUCCAUGAAGAUGCUGUUAGAAAAUGAAACCUUGAAUUUUUAUUUUUUUUUGAAUUUAAUCUUUUAAUACAUGUGGAAAACUUUUAUGGAUUGUUUUGGUAGUCUUUUUACAAAAAUAUGUUGGGUUUUUUUUUUUUCUGUUUUUAGCUGCAGCUUAACUAGGUAGGGUUGAAAUAUCAGAAGCUAAUAAAAACCUUUCACUUCUAGUGCUGGCCUCAUUUUUCCUGUCCCUUUUGUAUGUUCCUCAAAUGGAGAGGUGCCUACCUCAAGCAGCUGUCAUUGAGAAAUCAGUGCAACAGUCUCCAUUUCUGUCUUCCACACAGGUUUUUACUCAAUGGAAAGAAUCAAAACCUUACUGCACUUUUGGCUGAAUUCCUGAUUUAAAAAUGACACCACCACACCAAAAAACAAAACAAAAAAAAAAUUUUAAGACUGAAAAUGUACUGCAGUUAAAAGGGGAGGAACAGAACACCAAAAACUACAAGGAAAAAGAUGACCUGAAAGCACCUUAUUUGUUAACUGUCCACCUACUCUGAUGCAAACGGCAGGAGCUUGUCAGUUGUGGGCUCUGUGAAUUGCGACUACGUGGCCUUGUUGACUGGUUGGUGUUGGAUCUUCCCCUAAUAACCACAACAGGGGCUCCAAAUGAUUUCUUAAAUAUCUUUGAGUGUGAGUAAUAAUCUUUCUGAUGCUCUGGAGGCUGCCUUCUCCACCUGUUACUCUUGACAGCUCCGAUUCCACUUCCUUCUUGUCUAAAUAAAACCACCGAGUUAUGAAAAAUCA